UCACUUUCCCCAAAAGCUCCCAAAACUAUGAAUCUUAAUAAAUUCAUCAUCAAUCCUGACCCUCCAGUAUAUGUCCAGUAUAAAUUAUUUAAAUAAGGGUGCACUUAACCAGCUAAAGCAACUAAAGAAUGUGUAGUUAUGCAUUCAAAUAGCCCUUCGAAGAAUAAAAUGGUCAUCGAAAUCCAAAAACCAUUCCAGUUAUUAUAAUAAACAGCCACUAGAGAUAAUAAAAGACAUAAAAUAGCUAUUAUUAGAACACUUAUAGUUAUUCUUAAUUAAUGAGAUGUCUUUUUUGCUAAUGCUGGAGUGAUUAUUCCAGCUAAAAAAUCACCUACCAUAACCGCAAAAGGGAAAUAGAAAGUUAUAUCUACAUAUUGUUCUUUUGGAUAUUUACUAGAAAAAAAAUCAAAGGCAGUCACUAUAGAAUUCCAACCAGCAAAUGAAGCUAUUCCGAAAGAAAUAAAACAUAUUUUAUGAAUAAAAGUUAUUUCUAAUUCUACUUCGUGUUUUUUCUCUAAUUUUAC